AUGUACCGAAAACCCAGACCGGUGCUCGCAAAUCCGCAUUCACGAUACGCCGACCAGUAUUGUGCGUUUCACGAUACUACUGGGCAUCGUACAGAAGCCUGCAUAUCCUUGAGACUUCUAAUUGAACGCUUCAUAGAAAACGGAAAACUUGUCCAUUUCCUCGCAGAUCAAAGAGUUCGGCAAGACCCGGAGCACGGCAAUCGCCCCCAUCAGAAUCGGUUCCAUCAGAAUCAAAACAAUCCCCGGGAUGAACGAGGAAGAAAUCAGGAAAGGGGAAGGGAACCGGAACGCAGGCCAGACCUUCGGGCCGCACAAGAAAGAAGUAGGAGCCUUGCCAGACCAGCACGGCAGGAAAACCUUCCGGAGAUACAAACGAUUUCGGGGGGUUUCGGAGGAGGCGAAGAGUCUAGCUCGGCACGGAAAGCAUACGCGAGGUCAGCCUUCAAGCAAAUGAAGACUGAUCGAAGUAAGGUGAUCCCGGCGAGACAUUCGCUUGUGGGAUUCACAGGAGAACAGGUGCUCCCACUCGGGUCCAUCGAGCUUCCGGUCACAGCGGGAAUGUACCCAAGGCAGAGGACGGUGAUGGUUCGGUUCUUAAUAGUCGACCGAUCAUCGGCCUACAACGCCAUCCUCGGGAGAACAACUCUCAAUGAAUUUAAGGCUGUGACCUCAACCCCUCACCUGAGCAUGAAAUUCCCCACCGAAGAAGGAGUCGGUGUCGAAAAAGGAGACCAUAGGAUAGCCCGAGAAUGUUAUAAUACAAGCUUGAAGAAGCUCCCGGAAGCCACGAGACUCGGAGAAAAGAAAAAGGACGAAGAAAAAUAG